AUGAAAGACGCGAUAACCGUACCAGACGACGAGCGAGUUGCUGAGUACUACAAAUAUCGUCAAGAGCUCGAACGCAUGGCUGCUGACUUUAGAUUGGUCAUAACCCACCCAUCCUACGCUCUUCCUCACCUAAAACCUGGUCGCCUCAUCAAGGUCAAACACGACAAACUUGAUUUUGGUUGGGGAGUAGUCAUUAGCUAUUCGAAACGGAUUUCUCCCAAGCAUCUACCACUUCCGCCGCACGAGCAGUAUAUCAUCGACGUACUCUUGAACGUUAUCCCCAGUGGAACUCUCAUGACUAAAGAUCGGGCGAACGUCCCACCCACGCCAGGGAACAUUUAA